AUGGCAGCUGUAAUGGCUAAUGUUGAGAAAUCGGAAGAAAAAUUGUCUGAUAAAGAGUUCGCUCACGAAGUAGACGAUGGAGAAGCGGAAGAAGGAACACCUGAUGCCUCGAAAAAGAAGAGAAGAAAAAAGAAGAAGAGAAAAGAAGAGGCUGCAGCAGCUACUACAGAUGCCACACAAGGCUAUAUCCAGAGACAAGAUGAGGACAAAAUAGAACAACGUUUGAGGGUGGCACAUACUAGCUGUGAAGAUGGUGCUAAGGAUGGCAAGAAGAAGAAAAAGAAGAAGAAAAGUGUUGCAACAAAAGAAAAAGGUAAGGACAAUGGCAAGAAGGAAGAGCUAACAAAGCAGACGGACCCACCAUCCAUACCUAUUGCAGAUCUUUUCCCAAAUGGUUGCUAUCCCGUAGGACAAUGUAUGGACUAUCCCGCUAUAGGUGACUAUCGUACUGCUAGGCAACGUGUCACUUCAGAAGAACAGAAAGCAAUUGACCGCAUGAACGUUGACAUUUAUAAUGAGUUUAGAAUAGCUGCAGAAGCUCAUCGACAGACUAGAGAAUACAUUCGGCGAUGGUUGAAACCUGGCAUGACUAUGAUACAGAUUUGUGAGGAACUUGAAUCAGUAGCUCGCAGAUUAAUUAAGGAGAACGGUUUGAAGGCAGGUCUGGCCUUCCCUACUGGAUGUUCUCGCAACCACUGUGCAGCUCAUUAUACGCCAAACAGCGGUGAUUCUACUGUUUUGUUAUAUGACGAUGUUACAAAGAUAGAUUUUGGAACUCACAUUAAUGGUCGAAUAAUAGACUGUGCGUUCACAUUGACUUUCAAUCCAAGAUAUGAUAAACUCGUUGAAGCUGUACGAGAAGCAACAAAUACUGGAAUAAGGUGUGCCGGUAUUGAUGUUCCACUUUGUGAUGUUGGUGCUGAGAUCCAAGAAGUUAUGGAGUCUUAUGAGGUAGAAAUUGAUGGUAAAACAUAUCCAGUAAAAUCAAUUUGCAAUCUUAACGGCCACUCCAUAUCUCAAUACAGAAUUCAUGCUGGAAAAACAGUGCCUAUAGUAAAAGGUGGUGACGCUACACUAAUGGAAGAAAAUGAAGUGUAUGCAAUAGAGACAUUUGGCUCUACUGGUCGUGGUCAGGUCCAUGCAGAUAUGGAAGUUUCUCAUUACAUGAAGAAUUUUGAUGCAUCACCCGGUCACUUACGGUUGCAAUCCUCACAGUCAUUACUGAAUACAAUAAACAAGCAUUUUAGCACACUAGCAUUUUGCCGUCGCUGGUUAGAAAGAGUUGGUUGUACUAAAUACCAUAUGGCUUUGAAGGAUCUGAAGGACAAACACAUAGUUAAUGCAUAUCCACCACUUUGUGAUGUUAGGAUCAUACACUGCACAGUUUGA